UUCUUCACGGGCAAUCUACAAGGGAGAAAGAGAAGAAGAUUUAUAAAGAUUCAAUCUGGUGCUCAAGUGGCAAUCAGUGCCUUGGCAGUAGCUCAAUAUUUCUGCCUGAUAGACUUCCUACAGAACCUGCCGAUCCUGUUGUAUAUACGAGUAUUAUACUAUCACAACCCGAGCUCCUGCGGUAACAGCAUCCCUAUAGGUCACGCUAUAGACGGUAUCUCCGACCAAGCGUUUGUGUUGCUGAGGAGCGAACCCCUUACAUCAUUCCGGACCUUUAUCAUCAACUGCACCAGCCUUGGAGUAGGGUUUCUUUGGCUAUUGGCGAGUGCGCUGCUAUUGAGCGGUGGAACCAAAGUAGACAAGACAGAACCGACAAAAUGGCCGUGGAUAUUGACGACAAUUGCGAUCUGUGCUGUAGAUGUAGUGGCGACUGUUAUAUUCGCCAACGAUUCAUUUUAUACACGGACUCUAUCCGAUAUAAUGGACUACAUCGGCGGUACAUUAAGCGGUACGGGCAACGCGCAGCUCGACACUGCGAUUGUGUCGUGGAUCAUGGUAAUCAUAUACUCACGGUUCGUCGUCUUCUUCCUGCUCAAUGUGCUCUUCGUGGUGCUGGUCGCGACUGCUAAACCGGUAGUUGUUAACCAUGUGGAAGCACAAAUUUUGCCACCAAUCACUCAAACGACCACAGCUAUUCAGACAACCUCCACAGUUUCCACAGAAGCGCAGACCAGUCCGCUCCCAAACCAUGUGGAGACAACCACAGAUACAGCGAUAGAAACCCCCCCUAUACCUAGCGACAGCCCAAGGGAAACGGAUCGGGAGUCCAGUAUACGCACCUUUAGAUUACCGAGAGCGGAUUUCAGCUAUGCCUUCCGACGCAUGAAAACUUUCCUGUUCAGGAAAUCGGACACAUCACCCAAGGAAUCGUUCAUCACGUACUCUGUGAAUAUAUCACCAGAAAGAUCUCCGCAAAGACGUCGCGAGGACGACAAGAAGAGAACGGUGAACUUUCCAGAGAACAUUCCAGACAAUUUCCAGACGUUCCGCCAGCACCUCGAGAACAAGAUCGCGGACCAACAGAGGAGGCUGAAUCAGUCGGUGAUAGACACGUCGUGUAGACAACAGUCGCAGUCACUGCCGCAGUUGAACGAGGAGACUGAGGAUGCUGUGUCAGUGAACCGCCAGCGUCGCGGUACCCUCCCGGACCUGCAAAGCCAGCUGCCUUGGGCGUAUAUUCCGGCGUCGAUGCACCGCAUGCGCGACCAGUUACCCCCAGAUGAGGACUUACCUCCCGUACCGUUACCGGACUAUAACGCGCUGAGGAAAACAUCCGUACAUCGCACAGCGUCAAGUCUGAGCUCUCUCACGCAUAAAAAGGAGUACACACCACAAAUACAACGGACUAAAUCAUCCCUAACACAAUCUGACGUGUUAUACUAAUCAAGAGUUUAUUGUGGAAGAUACGUUACAGUACCUAUGCGCAAGCAUCCCCAUUUCGUUACGACUUAUGAGUAUGAUGUACGUCCAUUUUAAGGACAAAUUCUGUCUGACUUUCUCCUUGGAUGUAAAUGGCUUUUCCGGUAAUUUUGCUUUGGUAUGCUUGGACGGAACAGCCAUUUUGAAGAUUUCUGGAAGACAUGGCCGACUCACACUCAGAUGGACGCACGUACGUAAAUAUUUCGUACUUUUGAAGUUCUGUCGGCCAUUCGGUUGAACAGGCGUACCAUAAAUACACACCCUUAUCGACAGAAACAAAAUUUUGGGAAAAGUGUUACUUAUUAGGCAAUUUCCCUUAAAUGAUUUAGUUUUAAUUGUUUUAAAUAUGUUAAAUAUUCAGCUAGUUUUGUGUGAAAUAAGUUCCUGAUUAUAAGUUUCCAUCUUGUCUUUUAUAUGAUGAGUCUGGAGACAAAAUUAUGUAGCGUCAAAAUAAAACAUCAGGAUUAGUAGAUAAUUCUGUUUUGGUUUUGUUUUGAUGAA